AACGAAACUGUCAUUUAUUGGGUUCUGUCAUUGUAACAUCUAAAUUAUUUUGUGUAUAAAAAAAUCCCAUAAAAAAUUAUUCAAAAUGAACGAGACUGCCGAAGAUUUGAACUAUGAUUGCAACUACAACAUGUUCCUAGCGAAAACGAUGUUACCCAACUUAAAUAAAACUGAUGAUAGACAAAAAGCGGUACGUUGGAUGAAAAAAUUAGCCACCUGCAACCGGUCCAUUGAAGAAAUGAAACUUAGAAACGAUUUCAUGUAUUAUUUGGUCGUAAACAUUCAACAGGGGGAGCUGCAGCCUCCUUUUACAGAACCACCCCCUGCCAGCCCUUUGCCUGAUAUAGCACAUCUUUUGCCUGGAGGUGUGACCGAAGUAAAUUUAGACGAAUGGGGUGACAAAACUGGUAAAGAAGGAGUUAAACCGCCGAUGCUAUAUGAGCAUUCACCGGAUGGGGGAGCUUUCUUGGCCGCCCAGCCUGUUCCAAGAUGCGGAGCUUUUUGUUAUCUCGCAGUAGUGGCCAGAGAACCCAAGAAAGACUGAAAUAUAAAUAAAGUUCUGGUGAUAGCGUCUGUAAAUGAACGAUAAAGUUAGACAACCUAUACUUUUUCAUAAAUAUCAUGUCAUGUUAAUAAUAGCAGUCCAAAAUUA